CUCAAAUUGUAUCAAUUUUGAAACGAGACCGUAAGCUCCCUAGCUACGUCUAUCCAGCUAUGGCCUCUUCACUUGACCCAAGGCUAGCCAGUCUCGGGUCUUUCCUACAAGGAUAUCCAACAAUCCAGUAUGCGACACCGAAUUCCCCUAACUACUCGACCCUUAGAGUUACUUACAGCCUUGAUAACCACGCAGUGCCUCUCGCAAUUGUCCGUCCCAAGAAUGCCGAGGAAGUUGCCGCAACCGUGAGAUUUGCCAGAGCAAAUGGGAUCAAGCCCGUCGUAAGAUCAGGAGGAAAUAGUCUCUUUGGGAAAUCCAUGAUUCAAGACGCUCUUAUUAUCGACAUGCGCGAUAUUGCGUAUAUCAACAUAAACGACUCGAAGACAUCGGCUACUGUUGGAGGAGGUAUCCUUUUCAGUGACCUUGCGGAGGUUUUGACCAAAGAGGGCCUUGCAACUGCACUUGGUACAAUUCCCUUUAUUGGCUACGUUGGUUGGUCGACCUAUGGCGGGUAUGGGCCAUUCUCUGCUCAGUACGGCCUGGGUUGUGAUAAUAUCAUGGGAGCGAAAGUGGUCAAUUGGAAGGGCGAGGUGGUCGAGGCGGACACAGAUAUGCUGAGAGGUAUUCGAGGUGCAGGCGGUGCUUUUGGGCCUAUUGUUGAGUUAACUAUUAAACUCUACCCUCUGAUGAAUAUUCUUGCUGGCAUGAUAAUUUACGAUUCGACAGACAUCGUUGUCACUGCCCAAAACUUUGGCUUCGGUUACCAGAAACUUUCAACUGAAGGACUUCCGCCCGCGUUGAGUGCACAGCAACUCGUCAUGAAUUCGCCCCAUGGGAAAGUCUUCGCCUGCGCUUUCAUCUGGGGAUCUGAUGAUUUUGAGACAGGCCAGGUUUAUCUCGCGAAGAUCGCAGCUUUGGGAAACGUAGUGAUGAACACCGUCGGGCCGAACACCGUCGCUGGCUACUUGCAACACCUGAAAACCGUCGUACCUCCGAGUGCUUAUGGAUCUAUGGAAACGAUUUCUAUCCGCGAAUUGAACCCCGAGGCUAUCGCAGUUAUAGCACGAAACGUUGAGAAAAUGCCCUCAAUUAAUGGAGCUAAAUUUACCAUGCACGAGCUUCGCGGGCCUUCAGCUGCUCCUAAUUCCGAGUCCAUAUUUGGGGCAAGAGAGCCGCAUAUGGUGCUGGAGAUUAUCGAGACAGUCGUCGAACAGGCGGAUCUGAAGAGGACGGAAGACUGGGCGGACACAUUCAUCGGCGAGCUAAGAAAAAUGGAUCCCGGGAACAUUCUUCGUAGCACUUACAUCUCCGUGACGCGACCUGGGUCUAACUCUUUCGAAAAUAUUUUUGGGUCCAACUAUGGAACCCUUUUAGAGAUGAAGCGAAAACACGAUCCGCAAGGCAUCUUUGACUUGGCGCAGCCGGAAGUAAAUAGUCUCAAGUAACUGAAUUCAUGGCGUGAAUAUAAGCACUAAGUUUGCU